CGUACAUUCACUUAAGACGGUGCCGCACCACGCUUAUCAAGGCGCAGCACAACACUUUUGACGCGGGCGCCAGAUCUCACGAUUGGAGCAGAAAUCUCAUACGAAAUUCAGUCUCGAAUCACACGCACACUGAAACGGAAGCAUCAUGCCUCACCAUCCCAAGGAAGAGAACACCGAGGGCAAUCUGACCGACAAGGUUGCAAAGGAGUCUUCCAGCUCGAAUGCUUCGGAUCAUCCUCUCCACAGGGAGGAUCAUAGCCACGCGAGCUCAGGCGGAAAAGCCCAUGCCUUCGAUCACCACAGCAAGGGGCCAGUGAUCAAUCAAGACAUCGGCGAGCCGGCAAGCAAAGAGGAGCUAAGGAAGCGGGCCGAAGAACUCAACAAGAAAUAGAUCACGGCUAAGCGCGUGAAUUGUACUCGUAAAACGGUGGCGAGAAGCACCGCAGAUAUAGGGAAUGAAUAGCACGACGUCGAAAUUGAACCGAUCAGGAACAUGUUCCCGUCGCGUGUUAGGGCGCUA